ACUGCACGUAUGUUCGUUGUUUUGUUCAGUGUUGUAUCACUUGAUACUUAACGAUGCCUCCAUUACGCAAAAUGAUAGCGAAAAUAAAAGUUGAAUUCAAAGGCAAAAAAGUAUCAGCUGAAAAGACAGAUUUCUCACUGUUACCUCUUCAUUCUCGUGUAUGUAUAUGUGCCGGCGAGACUAAUUUCUGGACGAACCAAUCAGAUAUAAGGUAACAAGUCACGAAUUUGGGCGCGGAAUUCAACCAUACCUUUGGGUUAAUAGAAUUUUGGAAUUAUAGCUGAUAUCAGUUCGUGAUGAAAACCCUAAAUCUAAUUUUUAACUAUUCUGAUUGCUUUAUAACCCUUAUUUGGUCCUAAUUAGUGGUUGUUCACUCUCAAGGUCACUUCAGCGUCGCUCCGCGAGCUCACAAUUUUGGGCAAAAUUUGACCCAUUUUGGGGAAAUUUCGGGGAAGCCGCUGUAGUAAACCGUGGGAAAAUGGCACAAAAACCCAAAAAUUUCCUCAAACUUUGGGAAUUUUCCCCGAAGUUGGGAGCUUGGGUCAAAGACCGUCCAUAAAUUAUAGUCUCACCUAUGUGCCCAAUUUCAAGUUUGGAGAAACUUUCGGAGGAUGCGAUCAAAACCUUCGAAGUUUGGCUUGCCUUUGGCUUUUACCGAAAACUGCAGAAUAUUCUGCGGGAAAUUCACUAAACGGUCGGGUUUCCCUCAAAUAUUUUGCCAGUUUGUAGAAAACUACGAAUUUUUAAGGGAUUUUGGGGAAAGCCGUAAAAGUCCCCUAUAAUCAUGAAGCUGAUCUUAAGAUCAUUUGCAUCAGAAGGUUUUAUGCAAAGAUUUAGGCAGCUUUUUGUUUGUGAGUGUGUAUAUAUGUACUUCAACCUAAUUGCACUCAAGUUGACAUAAAUCCCCAUACUCAUAUAACAUAUUAGUUAGUCCAGCUUAUACACUUGUUUUCAUUCACCGUUUAGAUGCCUAAUCCACCUGUUUGCUACUACUAUCAAGCUGGUUGUUGUAGAAACGGGAACGAAUGCACCUUUACACACCCGAAGAUACGUUGUCGUACUUUUGCCUCUGAUGGUUGGUGUCCUUAUGGAUACAACUGUCGUUUUUGGCAUGAUCCGUCUGUGAAACUAGGCGUUGUCAACAUAAUCAAAAAGCCGUGCCAAUUCUAUGCAAAUAAUCAAUGUAAAUAUGGUGAUAAGUGCAAUUUCUCCCAUGAUAUUAAUGCUCAGAACAAUAGUGGGAUUACAUUGGAAGAAUAUCGAGCCACAAAAACGGUGACAGGCGUGCACAUUAAUAUCGAAGCUCAGGAGUCUACAACUACCGAAAUGUCACACGACAGACAGGAUGGUAUUUCCGACGCAUCACUUACGUCAGUUGCAAAAUCUAAUCUAAUCACAACUUCGUCAUCUACAUGCCUUAACAAAAAUAAUCGUAGCUGUGUAAGACCGCCCUUCCAGAAAUAUGCUUCUGUAAACGCGAUUGAUUUUCAAGGAGCUUCAAAGGCUGAAAUUUGUGAUCUUAAUCAUUCUGAGCUGAAACGCCUAAAGAAACAAUUUCCUCCAGACAAAUUACGUGAAGUAGAAUCAAAUGAGAACUAUCAUAUGUUUUGUGUCAGAUUCUCCUCUACAGAUCCCGACUGGGUCUACGAUGUUCGUGAGAUAGUGUUGAAUAUUCUCAUCCCACAAAUGUAUCCCAAGGAACAACUUCAAAUUUCAGUGGUAAUGCAAGAACAUUUACCAGUGAUCUUAGUUGACCAUUUGAAUAAAGCAAUCGGUUCUUGGGUUAGAUGUAAGCACCAAUGUAUGGAACGAAUGAAUCGUCUAGAGCUAUACUUGCGUCCUCUCCUUUUGUGGCUUGAUCGUAACUUGGAAGAAUUAUUCACUGAAGGAUUACGUAAAUAUAAAGCGUUUAUAGAAAAUGGAAAUUUGGAUCCAGACUUAUCUUCAUUGUUAACUAAAAAUAAUGCUGAUGUUAUUUCUCACUGCCAGUCAAGUAAUAAGGAUAAUGACAGAAAUUCACUAUCGAGUUAUAAUAAUGCAACUGGUUCGACUCCUGUUGUGCUUGACAGGGAAAUUUUAGAAGAUCUUAAAUCGUUCAGCCUUAAUUCAUAUUCUGAUAGUAAUCCAUCAGUUGUUGAAAGUGAUAAGACCCUAUUUGAAAGUGAAAUAGCUAGCAGAAGUAGAGCUUAUAAUAACUUUCUAACCCAUUCAGAUGAAGAAAUUGUACCUAAAAUAUGUAACCUAACAAAAGAGAAUGAUUUUCCAACUGACUCACUAUUAGAUCAUGAUAGUAUGAUUGGUUUAAUUCCUUCUGUUAUACCGAAAGACGAAUCAGAACAGACACACAAUGGUGAUCGAAAUUCACAUAAUGGGGACCAGUUGUCAAUUGGGAGUGAUAAUAGUGUUAGUUCACAAACCAGUGAAUCGGUGUUAGAAUAUAGCAGCACUGAUGAGAAUGAUCCUGGUAGUGAGUGUGAAGUUGUUGGCGAUCCGCAAGUAUCAUGUGGAAAUCUCCUUAGUUCUUCUUCACUAACAACUCCCGGUACCCAGAAAUUAUUAAUGAGCGGUCUUAGGCUAUUGGGUAAAGCAGGAACAUAUAUACAACGUCGACUUUCUGUUUCUCUUCAUUGUACGCGUUGUCGCUUAUCUUUCCAGUGGCUUUUCACUUUUCAUGGGGCUCGAGCUAUGAAUAAUUUUAAUGAUCCGAAUACAGCGUGUAGACUUUUGCGUUCACUCCCACCAUACACAACUCAUUGUGCACGUUGUCAUCAAAAAUUGACUUUACUUUUCCAGUCUAGUCUAGCACAUGCAUUCGACAACAAUAUUGGAACUCUACAUUUAGAUGGUUGUAUUGCUGACGAUGUUCCACCGAAACAGUCUGAUGGUAUUAUUUUAUGUACUGGAUGCUUCAAUUCAGUGCGAGUCACCGGACUUGAUUUUGACUGUCCUCUUACACGACGUUGCUUCAAUUGUCACUCUUUGACUGGAUUAGAGUUUAGCAAAUUUCAGUUGGAAUUAUUAAAACAACCUUCAAAUUCCAAGAGUGUGAAAAUAGAUGGCACAAACCAAGAUUUGUCUUCUCAAAUUUCCCGAAGAAUGCGACGUACAAUGAAUUCAGCUCAAAAUACACUCAUCCAGGAUGGAUCACCUUUACCAGCUUAUGGCAGCUGUAAGCACUAUCGCAAAAGCUAUCGAUGGCUGAGGUUUCCUUGUUGUGGACGUCUGGAACCAUGUGAUGUCUGUCAUGAUAAUUCUGCUGUUGAUGGACACGAAAUGGAACUGGCUACUCGUAUGAUUUGUGGGUUUUGUUCUAAAGAACAACCAUUUUCUACUAACAAACCAUGUGUAAGAUGUGACAAGAUGCUAUCAGGAACUCGAUCUUCACAUUGGGAAGGUGGGAAAGGAUGUCGUAAUCAAGUAACUAUGUCUCGAAAAGAUUCAAGAAAAUAUUCUCAUGUCAACAAGGUUAUAUCCAAGAAGAAAACCAAGCGAAGUAAAUGAUCAGUACAUUUAAAACCGUUUACAGCUCUUUACAAGAUUCAGUAUAAACAUGUAUUACUUCAAAAUUCGCAACAUAUAACAGCAAAGUAGUUCUAAAAAUGGAAAUUAUUCUUUCUAAUCUAUGGUUCUACAAUUAGUCGAAACUAUUGUUCAAAUACAUCUCAAGAAAUUAUAGAAUACGGAUUUAAGAUUUGCCUUACAUAUAACUAUUCUCUCGAAACACUAAUAUAAACUCAUUUCUGUGGAACCUGAUGGUAAUUUUUUUAAAAGAAUAUUUUUCUUCCACGUGUUUCAAAUAGCAAUUAUUACCCACAGUAAGUUAACAUUUCCGUGAUAUUCCAGUACAUUUCUUUGUACAUUAAACUUCAGAAAACAGAAUCUAGUUUAUGAGUUUAAAAUAUCACUUCCCUAUGAACAUUUAUUUUAUAUUCAUAUUUUAAAAAAGAUUAUUGAAUUGUCAAACAGGUUCAUUUUCCUGAAUAUUUUUUAUUGUUUCAAACAACCAACUAACCAUAUUGUUUUAUUUCUAGUUUCUUUAUGUCUAAAAACAUGAGUUUUCUUUACAAACUUCUUCCAAUUCAAUAUCAUGAUAAUCCUGGUGACAAAGAUUUUAUUUAAUAGAGUAUUCUGGUAUUUACAUAAUUAUUAUGAUAAAGCUCUUUUUUUAUCUCCGAAAAUUUAAUUUAUAUAAACAAGUUGUCUUUAUAGGAAUUCAAUGGUCUGAUUAUUUGAUUUCUAUAAAUUUAGUAUUAUCUAGUAAUAUUUGAAACAAUGCAUCCAAAUAAAAACUAAAAAUAUGUCAAGAAUCUCCGCUUAACCAGUAUAUUCAAAUGUAAAAUACAAAUGUACAAUAAUUUAAACAUAAAGUCAAUAAAAAUGAUUAAUUUCUGCU